CCGUUUUUAGUUUUUUAGCCCAUCAACCAAUGCAAGGUUUUAGUUUGGUAGAACCCUGAAACGUUACGAGUGCAGAACCAACUCAAACCCUAAAAACUCUCCGAUAAGGAAAUGGCCUCCGUCGCCGGAAACACCGCGAGAUCGAUAUUCCGAUCAUCCUCCGCUUGUCGUACUGCAUUCCGAAUCGGUUCGGAAGCUAAAGCGGCUCGUUCUACUUUCCGAAUUCCCUCCAGUAAACCUACAUCGCAAUCCGCAUUCAGGAGUCCUGUUGAAUUGAGCUUCUGUGUAGAAUCCAUGUUGCCGUUUCAUUCGAUAACUGCUUCGGCGUUGAUGACUUCAAAGUUAGUAGUUUCUCAACGCAGCUAUGGCUGGCUUCCUGAAGGUAGCUAAACAUCUGUAGGAUUCCUUGUGUUCUUUCUUCAAUUUAUUUUUCGGAUUGCAAUGAUGAUGUGUGAUAACUAUUCUGAAGAUUGAAGCAAUCUUUUUUUGUAUUAUGUGCUUCGUGAGGGUGUCUUAGCUGAGCCAUUGGCGGGUCAAAUUAAAUCUCAAAGUAGACCCUCCUGUUAUAUUUGUUCUGAUUCAUAAAAGCCUACUGUUUUAUCCACCAGGGUUUUAUUGUCCAAAGCCAAAUAAGCUGAAAUUGUAUUGCACAAUGUCUGAUAAGUUGAAAUUUGCCAUAAGAAUCUGUUAGGGAUGUUGUUUAAUGAAUGUAGAGCUGGAAUAUUUUCACUUUUUCUUUUAUUAUUUUGAUCAGGCCAUGAUAUGUUGUCUUUGGAUUACAAUAUUUUUCAUAUAUGCAGGUAGGUAGCAUUU